ACACAGUGCCACAACGGAUCAUUUCUUUCGCAACACCACCAUCCAAAUUCGUCGGUGGACCAUUGGGACGGCGAAGUCUUAUGGAUAUCGCUGACCGUGAAGAUGCAACAAGCGCCCUGAAUUCAUUCAAGGCGACCACCAUCCAGUCAGGACAUACGGUUCUGCUCAGACUACCUAGUGGCGAGACCAAAGGCUUCAAGGUAGAAAAGGAUGCCACUAUCUCUAUAGGAAGAGUCGGCUCCUUUCGCGCAAACGAGCUGAUCGGCCAUCCAUACGGAUUGACAUAUGAGAUUCGUGGCAAAGAACUCACCGUCCAGCCGCCUCAUACUCUACAAGAAGUAGAGGAAACGGAUGCUACAAAUGAGCUCAUCAACGAUGGUGAAUUCGUGCAGCCACUUACCCUCGGCGAGAUCGAAGGGUUGAAAAAGUCUGGCGUACAUGCUUCUGUGCGUCUUGGGCUUCAUUUCAUGCAGAAUCGUAGUAUAAUCUAUUUUCCACAGGACAUCAUAAAGGCUCAGAUUGAACAACAUGCCAAUUAUUCCCUGAAAACUGAAUAUAGCAAGGAGAAAUAUAAGCAACGCAAGGAAGCCAAAUACUCAAAGACCUUCAGUACGGUUGAGCCAACAAUUUACAAUGUUUGCGACCACUGGUUCAAAAAAGACCAGAACAGGAUUCGUGAUAUCAGACCAGACACCCUGUCUCAAAUACUGAAUCUGGCGAAUGUUCGCCCGGGCGGCAGGUACAUUGUUGUUGACGAAGCGUCUGGCCUUCUUGUAUCAGCAAUCCUCGAGAGAUUGGGAGGGGAGGGACGACUAAUUUCUAUCUGCGAUGUUGAUUCGCCACCUGCAUAUCCUGUCAUGACUCUGAUGAAUUUUCGCAAAGACGUCGUUACAAACAUACACUCAUCAUUAAAUUGGGCAACUGCCCAGGAAGACUAUACACCAGCUGUAGCACAAGAGUCAUCGUCGGAAGUAGGAAAAUCAGAGCGACAUAGGAUUCGCCUCGAUAAACGGAAGAAUGCGGCAGAUACUCUUUUAAACGCAAGGGAGGAGUUAUUUGCUGGUGAAUUUGAUGCGCUUUUAAUCGCUAGCGAUUACGACUCGCUGGAGAUUCUACAAAACUUGAUUCUAUAUGUAGCGGGAUCAGGAUCCAUAGUCGUUCAGAGCCCAUUUAGCCAGCCUCUCACGGAACUACAAUCGAAAUUGCGCCUUGAUCCAGGCUAUCUUGCACCAUCAAUUACGGAGUCAUGGCUGCGACGCUAUCAAGUUCUGCCAGGUCGCACACAUCCGACGAUGAGCACUUCAGGAUCGGGAGGUUUCUUAUUACACGCAAUCAAAGUAUAUGAUGACCCGAAUGCUUCCAAAGUGUCAUCUCAUCGACAAUCAAAACGACAGAAGAAGGAAGCUGACGAAGGAAAUCCAACAGUGCCUCAAACCCUAGAAUCAUAUCAAACUACAGAGCUCGAGGGAAAAAACGCGACAGUCGCUGACCAAGCUAGCCUAACCAACGAGAUGGAACCAAUAGGCUAG